AAGCGGCCUUAAGCGUUCUCCUCGACUACGCCGCUCAGACAGAGAUAUCCUGAGGUUCAAAGGUUGCGUCUCUGUCUACACUGCCUGGGGGAGACUACGACUACUUACUGUAAUAUUGACAUUCAAUCCUUCACUGUUGCGACCGUAGUCACUACUCAUUUCGAUAAUGCGAAACCUCUCCAGCGCUCGAAGUCUUCUACGCGCUGUAUGGACUAGACGAGCUUUGCACUCAACGGCGUACCGACAUACUGCGCUUGAUAACUCCCAUGUAGCCUCAUCAAGCUCUACAGUUAAUCCUGAUGAAAUAGCUCACUUCUCUCGCCUUUCAUCUCUUUGGUGGGACGAACGUGGAGAGUUUGGCAUGUUGCACAAGAUGAAUCCUGUUAGGACUCAGUUUGUGCAAGAAAAGCUGGUUGAGAUGAAGUACGAAGAUGGUCAUGAGAGCUUUGACGAGCAAAGAGUCCUUGAGGGUCUGAAUGUGCUGGACGUGGGUUGUGGAGGGGGCCUUCUCAGCGAGAGUCUUACUCGUCUUGGUGCAAACACGCUCGGUAUUGAUGCGUCUUUGUCUAACAUAGCGAUUGCGUCUCUUCACGCCUCUUCCGAUCCGGCGCUCUCAUUCUCGUCAAACUCGUUGCCGCACAGUAACGACACGGCGAUAAGCCACAAAGGAAAAGGGAAGGUAACAUACGAACAUACAUCGGUGGAAGAACUCCUUGCUCGCAACGGACCGAAUUCGUUUGACGUCGUUUGCUCAAUGGAAGUGCUGGAGCAUGUUGACAAUCCUAGAGGUUUCCUCCAUAGUUGCGCCGCACUUGUGAAGCCUGGCGGCCAUCUCUUCCUGUCGACAAUUGCACGGACACCGUUAGCCUACUUACUCACCAUCUUCACUGCCGAGAAGCUACUCCGCUUCGUCGAGCCUGGUACACACACGUACAGCAAGUACAUCAACCCUUCGGAGUUGAUUUCGUUCUUCCAUCAUUAUCGUGCCCCAUCACCCUCAAAUACCUCUACCAAGUCAUCAACCGAGUCGACAAGCCAACCGUGGAUCUCAAGACUAGUAGCUGGUCGCCCGCUACGAGUCGAGGCUGAGACGAGAGGCAUGAUAUAUGUUCCUUGGAAUGGUGAAUGGGUGCUAGGGCCCCAUAAUGAGCCGUUGACUGAGGCGUGUAAUUACCUGUUUUGGGUGAGGAAGCCCUUGCAGUGACGACUUCAACGAUAUCGUUGCGUAUAAAUACGUAUCCAACGUCUCGAGUAGUUUAUGGCCUUGAUCAGUCUUUGAAGAAUAUCAUUGCAAUAUGGUAAUCAAGCCAUCCAGUAGUGGAACGUAGGAAAUGAAACACAGUCAUCCAUGCAAGUACCCAAUCCAUGCGGGAACCGAAACCUGAGACAAGCAGAGAUUGAAAAAGAAAGACAGAAUCAAAAGAGACGGAAGCCCAAAAAAGGAAAUAGAGAUCGUACCAAGAACUGAAACCGAC